AUGAUGAAAAUUCUUUGCUUGGUUCUACUGCUUGGAGUAUUCACCAUUGAAAGUGAAGCGUGGGGACCACGUAUACGUGUGCCACGUAUACGUUUGCCGCGCAUACGUGUGCCACGAAUUCCCACGCCGCGUAUACGUUUGCCGAGGAUACGUUUGCCGCGGAUACGUUUGCCGCGGAUUCGAAUCCGAGUGCCCAAACCAAACAUUGGUAAAAUAUGGGACAAGGCAAGCAAUGCCUUCAAGAGCAUAUAUAAAACGGUUUGCGGUGAUCAAAAGAAGAGGGACUGUGGCUAUAGUUUAGUAACAAGAGUUCAGGGUGUCUGCAAUGGACAAUCAUGCCUAAAGCAGAAUUUCAAAUUUGGCAAGAGAUCUAUUGAUCCAAAGACAUUCAACGAACGUAAGUAUUUUUGUAAGACUAUAGCUAGAUUGUACUUAUAAACUUCUACUUGGAUUUAGUCCAUUAAAAAAGGGACAUGCCGUUAAAUUUCCAGACUGUUUGAAAAUUUCCAUUGACGUGUUAUUUUUGUAUAUAAUUGUUAUUUCAAUUCUGUUACUUCAAUGAACACUCGAAAGUAAGGCAGGCAGUUACUCAGGUCCGAUUGAUCAAGCUCUUCUCUUUUGUCAUGGCUUUAAAUUAAUUUCCCUAGCGCCAUGUUUAUACACUCUAGACCCAAAAAGAAAAAAAUAUUUGCUUCAAAAAGUAUAUCUAAAACAAAAUUACUUUGAAAUUUAUUAAAUUUGCCACUGAAAAAGACGUACUUUACAUAUACAAAAAACUACUAAAUUACCCUAGUAAGUAAAAUGGCAGGGUCACCACAACAGCAAUUGCCAAUUACCGAAAUCACCUGCUGUCUUGAAAUACUGAGACAGAGAAAAAAUAUUUUUGUACUGCAAUGUGCAUACACAAGUGGAAUAAAAUAGCACUCUAUGACCAUACACAAGAUACGCAAUCAUCCCCUACAACAAAUUUGCGCAAGAAUGCCAUUAAUAAGCUUAGUAGCAAUUCAUGCAAUUUUCUGGCAUUUGAUUUUAGAACUACUGAUGAACGACAACGUGGCCAAAUACGAACUGUCAAGAAGCAAAAGACAAGCUUUGUUCUACAUCAGGCUUGCUCUCAAGGGCGGUGCUAUUUAUAACCAAUGUUGCCGCAAAGCAUGUCGAGAUGUCGACAUUGUGAAAUAUUGCAUAUGA